CGGAGACUAGGAGAAGACGCCUAGCUGUCAGCAAGCUUCAAGAGAUCAAGGGAAGGCACGAAGACAAAAAUUCGCAAUUACACAGCACUUAAUGGCGGAAGUCCCUACCAGAAGACCACAUAGAGCUGGUUUUGAACCUUCAUCCCAUAACUGUUCGAUUCUGAGAAAAAGUAAAAAUUCAGAAAUUAUGCGCAAUAGAAGGAGCUCUCCUCUCUUGAAACGCGUGGAGACGGCUAGCGCGCUAACGAUACUGAAUAUACAGUAUGUUGAUAUCUAUUUGGCACUCAUACAUAUGUGUCCGAGUCCAUGCCUUUCAAAGUAUAGCUAUUGUUUUCCUGCCGUUGCUUUGCGACCGGUAACCUGGUCCUUUCUGCAUACACGGGAAUGACUGUCAGACCCUAUUGAGGCUGAAACUGAGCCUACUCUGGCAGUAUCUGUGCUUGGUUCUUAACCUCAUUUUGUGCUGCGCUACCAUAUGAACUCAAAGUCGAUGACGGCCAUCAAAGGUGGACCUGCUGCUCAGCUAGCGGGAGAUGAACAUUGGUGGAAAGACCACUACGAAUGGCUGAAUCAACAAGGAUACCAGCUGCGUCCUCGAUAUCGACCAGGUUGGAGACCUUCUUGGCUCGGCAUUGACAGACUCGGUGUCGAGUAUGAAGACGGACAAUUUAUUGUGCGUGGAGCGGUACUCGAUGCCACUCGAGCGUCUGAUGGCGAUGUUGUGGUAUUAAAGAGGAUUAAUAGGUUGGACCAUCCAUAUGAAGAAGAGCUGACACGAUAUCUGAGUUCCGGAUCUCUUGCCUCGGAUCCACGUAAUCAUUGCAUCAAACUCCUCGACGUGUUACAUCCACCAGAUGAACUGAAUAUUGUCAUCUUUGUUUUACCUCUCCUUCUUCCAUUCUAUAUUCCAUACUUCGUAACCUUCGGCGAAGCGGUUGAUUUCAUUCAACAAGUCCUUGAGGGCCUGAAGUUCUUGCAUGAUAACCUGAUCGCCCACCGAGAUUGCAUGUUCAUGAACAUCAUGCUGGACCCGAAACCACUUUAUCCCAAUUUGUUCCAUCCAACUGAUCCAGCAAGGUCCCGCGACUGGAAAGGGUCUUCAAAACAUUAUUCGCGUACGACUCAUCCUGUCAGAUAUGUCAUCAUCGACUUUGGGAUUUCACGGAGGUAUCGACCUGAAGACCUACCACCAUGCGAGCCGCCCAUCAUAUCGGCGGACAAGUCGGUACCUGAGAAUCAGAAGGGCGAGCCUUGCAAUCCGUUUCCCACUGAUGUAUAUCUCAUCGGGAACCUCCUUCGAGAGUGGUUUCUUCAGGUUUAUUCGUGUCUACAGAUCUAUGUCGACUUCGGAUUCAUCAAACCACUUGUUGAUGAUAUGGUGCAGAACGAUCCCGAGAAGCGGCCUUCGAUGGAUGUGGUCGUUUCUCACUUUGAAGAGAUCACAAAGAGUCUCUCAGGUUGGAAGUUGCGGUCACGGCUUAAAAUGCGUAGUGAAUGGGGCGUUGUCAGAUUCUUUAUGUCUGUGGCACAUGUUGUUCGCACAGCUACCUACAUACUGCGCCGUUUGGAUCCUAUUCCGGCCUGCAGUAAGUGUUAGUUUGGUGUUAUGCUUCUCGAAGAUCGGUUUGCUUUGUGAAUACUACGCAACCUGGUGUCGCAUGUUCUAUGUACCUUGCUUUGUUGUAUUUUUGCUCCUCAUUCAGGGCUGUCUGGCGAUGUAAGAUGCAAAUUAUCCUACGACUCUUCACACCCAGUAUUGAUGCGACACAGUUCACACUAGAUAGAAGAUAAGGACGUUAUCAACUCGGAAGUCUUCAAAGCCGCUAUGUAAAUCAAGGUCUUAGUCUUGCGACUCUGCAUAGUAGUUGGUGGUCAUAUU